AUGUUGCGGUUCAUUACCUUUGUGAAGGUGAGCUUACAAACAAUGUUGCGGUUCAUUACCUUUGUGAAGGUGAGCUUACAAACAAUGUUGCGGUUCAUUACCUUUGUGAAGGUGAGCUUACAAACAAUGUUGCGGUUCAUUACCUUUGUGAAGGUGAGCUUACAAACAAUGUUGCGGUUCAUUACCUUUGUGAAGGUGAGCUUACCAACAAUGUUGCGGUUCAUUACCUUUGUGAAGGUGAGCUUACAAACAAUGUUGCGGUUCAUUACCUUUGUGAAGGUGAGCUUACAAACAAUGUUGCGGUUCAUUACCUUUGUGAAGGUGAGCUUACAAACAAUGUUGCUGUUCAUUACCUUAGUGAAGGUGAGCUUACAAACAAUGUUGCGGUUCAUUACCUUUGUGAAGGUGAGCUUACAAACAAUGUUGCUGUUCAUUACCUUUGUGAAGGUGAGCUUACAAACAAUGUUGCGGUUCAUUACCUUUGUGAAGGUGAGCUUACAAACAAUGUUGCUGUUCAUUACCUUUGUGAAGGUGAGCUUACAAACAAUGUUGCGGUUCAUUACCUUUGUGAAGGUGAGCUUACAAACAAUGUUGCUGUUCAUUACCUUUGUGAAGGUGAGCUUACAAACAAUGUUGCGGUUCAUUACCUUUGUGAAGGUGAGCUUACAAACAAUGUUGCCAUUGGUGAUGGUCAUCUCCCCAUACUGGUCAGCCCAGCGCUGA